CUCAUGGGGGUGGGCUGUACUGUUUGCCUUGCUUGCUUUUUUGUCUGCGUGGGGUCUUGGCAGUGUUUCCAGCUGUGCAUGGGCCUCUCGGGACUCGAGCUCCACCUCCAACUCCGUGGCUCUCGGAUGCUGUCGCCGCGCGUCUAUAUUUCAUGUCGCCAAAAAAAAGGUCGAAGCUUACACUGAGGUCUGCCGUCAGUACCAAGGCUUUCAACCUACAUAGCCAUCUUUCGUGAGACGUGUGUUCAGGAUUCUGCAUGAUGAUCCAAGCUGCGUUUUGUUUCUCUUCUGCGUGCUGCUUCGGUGUUUGAGUUGUUCCGUUUCGUUGCUGGACCAUCACAAGAAGGUGUUCUGUGUUGUGCAAGUACCAAUGGAAGUGGCUGCAGUAGAGGAGAGCGAUGGGGGAACCAGUGCUGCACCAGCGGAACUACCCAAGCGUGAGGGUGCAGUGGUCGCUGAAACUGAUCAUACGUCAGCAGAGCAGCCAUGCAAGCAUUUCUCCAUAUGCGGGUAUGUUUCUCAGAAGAUGGAUGCAAAAUUCUGCUCUCUAUCUCAGAGUUUCAGUGCUCAGCAACAAUUGGAUGAACGCCAUAACAGUUUGCACCCAUUCUCGGUAGCAAAGUUUCGACGAUGGGAUUGCUCUAUGUGCUUGGAUGAGUUGAAAAUCUUAGAUGACAGAACAACAUCUAGAGCAGUUUUUACGGCGAAGAAUGUCUCAAGGGAUGGUUGCUCUAUUAGAUUUGUUCAGAGCACUUUAGUGCCUACGAGCGUUGAUUUCAGAAGCUUAUUUCCUUGCACACAACUGUUAGCUCCAGAGAAGAAUCCUGAUAGAUCAGCACUUCUGAAGAGUAACAUCGAAAACAAUUCCAAAUGCAACUCACCUUAUGAGGCGAAAACUGAUCCACCCAUGAAAGAUUUACAGGGGCCGUCAACUAAUCAAGUUACAACCGCAAAUAUCUCAGAUAAUGCUUCUGUGGAUAUCAUGGCUUUACCUGAAGAUUCCCAGAUUAGAGUAAGCAGAGAAGGAAAUGCCAUUGCAAUCCCAUCCAGUUCAAAACUUAGUGAAGCAAGUAUGAAGCUUGAUUCAGAAGAAAAUGGGAAAAACAAGGAGGUACUGAGUGUUGACCACACUAUUCCCAAAGUUGCUAAACCAAUAUCUGGGCAGAAAGGUGAUCAGGUCGGUAACAGUGGUCCAUGUGAAGAAGCAGCUCCAAAAAGAAGUAUUGGAUCUACAUAUAAGAAGAAGAAAGGGAAACGUACUGCGCAGGUUGGCAGUUCAGAUGUAAAAGUCGGUCGGAGAAAGCAAAUAAAGCUUCGGCUGCUAUCAGAAAUCAUCAAUACUGAUCUGGUCGGGGGUUCCAGAAGUGAUAUUGAAGUUAAUGGCGAAAAGGUUGCUGAUCUCUGCGAGGAUGAUAGAAGUACGGAUGAUGUUCCUUCUGUUGACCACCAGGCAGUGGGAGACAUCUUGUCAAAAACUACGAAGAACGUGUCAAAAGACAAAGGAGUUGAUGUUGAAGAUGAUGAAUCUUCACUUAUGAACUGGAUGAAGAGAAUACCGAAGAGAUUAAGAACUGAGAAGAAAGAUUCAGAACACAAGGAUUGUGAUUCUUCUGCUUCAAAAUCUACUGCAGAUGUAUUUGCCUCUAAGGAUACUCAAGAUUUUCCAUCCUCAGGUUGGAAAUUGAGCAAGAAAAAUACCCUACCUACUACCAGUAUGCAGCAAGGUGAUGAAAAUAUCCAGAAUGAUAAUCUGGAGAGAAAUACACAGAGCACAGAUGACAUGAGGCGAAUGGAAGCUGAGAACUCCACAGAGAGGUUCUUAUCAAAUGUAAAAACCAUUAGUUUGAGUAAGAGGAAAAUGCCUCUAACUGCCAGUAUCCAGCAUGAUGGUGUUGUUCCUGUUAGCCGACAGAUGUUGAGAGAAAUAUCGUCAAAAACUGCUAAGAAGAAGGCAAAAUACAAAGGAGUUGAUGCUGUUGAUGAUGAGGGGUCUUCGCUUAUGGAUUGGAUGAAAAGAAUUCCGAAGAAAUUAAGAACCGAGAAAAAGGACGCGGAAUACAAGGAUAAUGAUUCUUCUGCUGCUAAUUCAAAAUAUAAUACUGUUGAUAAAGUUGCUUUGAAAGAUGUUCAAGAUGAUUUUAUAUCCUCAGCUCAGGAGUUGAGCAAGAGAAAAAUACCACCUACUGCCAGCACUAGGGAAGGUGAUGAAAAUAUUCAGAACGAUAAUCUGGAGAGAGAUGCGCAGAACACAAAUGGCAUGUGUGAAACUGAAUCCGAUAAUUGUAGGCAGAGGUCCUUGUCAAAGGUAAAAAAGAUGAGUUUGUGUAAGAGGAAAAUUCCUUCAACUGUCAACGCGCAACAUGAUGAUGUCAACACUAAAGAGACGGCUGUGCUCAGGACAGAUGAUCAAUGCCAAAUGGUACCCAGAAAGUCUGUGCAGCGGCGCCUGAAGAAGGUUUCUCCAGGUAAGCAUGUUAUCCGGAACGUGACUGUCUUUGAGCAGAAACUACCUAAGAAGAGAAAUAAAAAAAAGCAAGAAGUGAUGCACGAAAAAAAUGCCAUGACAGAUGACAUUCCAAUGGAUAUUGUUGAACUGCUUGCGAGAUGUCAGGGUAAGAGACCACUGAUAGCUGAGACCGAUUCUGCUGAUAUUAGUCAUACUCAAUCCAAGAUAAUGGAAGAUGAAGAUUGUACUAUAAUAGCUGCCGAGGAUGGUCCAAAUUAUGUGUCAAGUGUGAUUGACACCACUUCACAACAGAAGCGGCCUUUGGAACCAGAUAGUUACCAGAAUGCAUUGCAGAAUUGUGUAGCAGCCACCACACAGGCUACCCAUAUGCAUGCUCGCAAAUUACAGACUCCUGGUCAUGUAAUGUCUACCCAGGAACCACAGGCACAUUCGGGCAUGGGAGAAUUAGUCACUAUUGCUGCAACCUCACCACUAUUAUCACCAGACAAGGACCAGCCUCUUGCUGAAGCAACACCUGAGCGCUGGAGCCAUAUGGGAGCAAAGAAGUCGAUGUGGGAACCUUUCAAGGCACUUCCAAGGGAUUUAUCAACCACAACAGGUUGUGCUCAGUUCAGACCUAGCAUUGACACGGUUGAUUUAACUUAUACUGAUGUGGCGGGAGCUAAUCGUUAUUAUCCCACUCGCCAGCCAGUAAUUUCGACACUUGACCACUAUACAAAUAGAGCAGUUAACUCAGUCCAGGCAAGAAGUUUUCCAAGUUCAGUGUCAACCAUGGAAGCUGGUAAUCUGUGUGAUGGAAGAAAUGUUGGACAUUCAGGUUUUUAUCCAAGAGAAACCAUGCCUGCUACUCAGCCCCUGAGAUUGACCGAGUCACCAAUGUUAGCCAGUUUCAACUAUGAAGGGUCUAGCAGGAACCAGAUGGAAUUUCAACUUCGGAAUUCACACUAUGCACAGGAUCAGUCCAUCGGAUCAGCCAGCACACCGUAUGGAGCACACAAUCAGUACAUAGGAUCAGCUAGCACAUUGUGCGAAGCACACAAUCAUUACAUAGGAUUAACUAGCUCAUUGUGUGGAGCACACAAUCAGUACAUUGGAUCAGCUAGCACACCGUAUGGAAGUAACCUAAAUGGCAUGGGAUCAGCUAGCACGCAGUAUGGAAGUAACCUAAAUGGCAUGGGAUCAGCUAGCACAUCCUACGGAAGUAACCUAAAUGGAAGGAUUCCAUUGACGCUAGAGGAUUUAUCACGUCAUCCGCUCCAGCCAAAUUUGCACAGACCGUUACGUCCACUUCCUAGAGUUGGUGUGUUCAGUUCCUUGCUGCAGAAGGAAAUUGCAGACUGGUCAGAGAGCUGUGGGACACAGUCAGGUUACAAAAUAGGGGUGUCCAAAGGGAUAACAUCGAGUGAUAUAAACAGAAGGGGGAAUGUUGAGGCAUUGAACUCAGGGCUGUAUUCAGCAGCAUGGAAUGCGCGGCGGUUGAGUUCUGUUAGUUCCAGUCCAGGAUUUUCUUCAGUGAGGAAUGAUACUGCUCAGUCUUGGACCAGAGAUCAAGGGAGAAUGGCCAAUCCCAAUCCCAAUCCCUUGGAUAGAUUGGUAAGACAGGAUAUCUGUGUGACCAACAGAAAUCCAUGUGAUUUUACUACAAUUAGUGAUGACAAUGAGUAUAUGAGGGCGGACAUUUGAAGCAGACGGCGAUGUGCAUACAUUUCCAAAACAUUUAGAAUAAUACAUUUCAUCUUUAUGGUGUCAAACGCUCUAUUGUUUGUAAGGCUCCUUAGUAAGAUAUGUGUGCUCCCUUUUCUGGAUGGAAAGAUUACAGUUACCAUGGGCUCUCAAAUUGCAGCCUCCAGCUUAUGUAUGUAAUGUAAUAGGCCAAGAAGAGAUUAUACCUCCUGAGGUCGUGAGAAAGCAGAUGAACUAUCCUCAUAUCUAGUUGUCAGAGAAAGUGUGUAAGCUUUUGAUUUUAGGGCUUGCCUAUUGUGUGAUUAACAUUAUUUUUGUUUACAACUGUUGUGACUGGUGCAAAGGAUGGUUAGUGGUGGUAAUAUCGGCAGAUUACUUUUAGCUGCCAGAUGUUGUAAACUAUCGAAUUGCAGUCGCUUACUUCUAAAGGAUGGUUUGUCAGUGGUAAUGUUUGCUGAAUGGUUAUAGCUGUAAGAUGUUGUAAACUACUGCCGCCGUAGUUUUACUCUUAAGUCAUGAAGGAUGGUUCAGUCCAAUAUUUAAGAAGAUUAUACUGUGUGACUCAUUAAUCACACAAUUGUCUUGUUGCUUGUCCUGCUGGUGGCAUGUUAUACUGAUGAUUCUGUUGAAUAUAA